CAUUGGGUCAACUCUGCUCAAUAGAUGGCGCUCUAAACCGCCACGUAGAAAUUCAUUUGCUGUCAUUUUCGCAAAAAUUUUCAAUUUUUUCUUCAUUGUACUGAGGAUCUGGAAACGGAAUCAAGAUGACGUCUGCUUUAGAGCUCUCCUGCUACACGCUCAUUAACAUGAACAUGGACGUAGAGCCCCCUAACGAGAUGCAGCUCAAAAACGACAUAGAGAAGGGAGAUACCAAGACCAAGACUGAAUCUCUGAAGAAGCUCAUCUACAUGAUCCUCAACGGAGAGAAGUUUCCUGGAAUCUUGAUGCAUGUCAUCAGAUUUCUACUGCCUCUCAAGGACCACACGAUCAAGAAGCUGCUGCUGAUCUUCUGGGAGAUUGUUCCCAAGACACACCCGGAUGGCAAGCUCCUGCAGGAGAUGAUCCUUGUAUGUGAUGCAUACAGGAAGGAUCUUCAGCAUCCCAACGAGUUCAUCCGCGGCUCCACCCUCCGCUUCCUCUGCAAGCUCAAGGAAGCCGAGCUCAUCGAACCACUCAUGCCCGCCAUCAGGGCGUGUCUUGAGCAUCGCCAUAGUUAUGUCAGGCGCAACGCAGUCUUGGCCAUCUUCACCAUCUACAAGAGCUUUGAUACACUGAUACCUGAUGCCCCCGAGCUCAUCCAUAACUUCUUAGAACAGGAGCAGGAUGCUUCCAGUAAGAGAAACGCCUUCAUGAUGUUGAUACAUGUUGACCAGGAGCGAGCCUUGGAUUACCUGAGUACCUGUAUUGAUCAGAUUCAUUCCUUCAAUGACAUUCUACAGCUGGUCAUCGUUGAGCUUGUCUACAAGGUGUGUCAUACCAACCCCUCUGAGCGUGCCAGGUUUAUCCGUUGCAUCUACAACCUGCUUCAAUCGUCCAGCCCUGCUGUGCGCUAUGAAGCUGCAGGUACCUUGGUCACUCUGUCCAGCGCACCAACCGCUGUCAAGGCCGCUGCAUCUUGUUAUAUUGAUCUGAUCAUCAAGGAAAGUGAUAACAAUGUCAAGCUGAUCGUUCUCGAUCGUCUCAUCGCUCUCAAAGAUACUCCCGCUCACGAGAAGGUCCUACAGGAAUUGGUGAUGGACAUCCUGCGUGUGCUGUCUGCAUCCGACCUGGAGGUCCGUCGUAAGACCCUGGACCUAGCCCUGGACCUCAUCUCGUCUAGGAACAUUGAAGAGAUGGUGCUGGUGUUGAAGAAAGAAGUGAGCAAGACCCAGAGCGUCGGUGAGCAUGAGGACACCGGUAAAUACCGGCAGCUAUUGGUGAGAACCCUCCAUUCCUGCAGCGUCAAGUUCCCUGACGUAGCAGCCACGGUCAUCCCAUUGCUGAUGGAGUUCUUGAGUGACACCAAUGAGCUGGCUGCGGCUGAUGUUCUGGUCUUUGUACGAGAAGCUAUAGAACGCUUUGAGCAGCUCAAGCCUCUAGUCAUCAGUAAGCUACUUGAGGUCUUCCCAACAAUCAAGGCUGUUAAGAUCCAUCGUGCAGCCCUGUGGAUCCUGGGUGAGUACUGCACCACUAUAGAGGACAUCCAGAGCUUGAUGACUGAGGUACGCAACCUCCUAGGUGAGAUCCCAAUCGUUGAUGAUGAAAUCAAGAAGGCGGCUGGAGAAGACACCCAAGAGGAGAACGUUCAGGUGUCUGCAUCCAAACGUCUGGUCACAGAGAUGGGAACAUAUGCUACACAGAGUGCCCUUAGUGUUGUUUCCACCAAGCAAGAGGAACAAAGACCUGCUCUUCGUGGUUUCCUGAUGGAUGGUGAUUUCUUUGUAGGGGCAUGUCUGGCCACCGUUCUGACCAAGCUGGCUCUCCGCUAUCUAGACCUCUCCAAGGACCAAAAGCAACAGAACAGAUUCCUUGCUGAGUCUAUGCUUAUCAUGGCCACUAUCAUUCACCUUGGAAAGUCAGGCCUCGCUAAAACGAACAUCACCAACGACGACGUGGAUCGCAUCUCGACCUGUAUCAGGGUCCUUGCAGAGCGUCAUUCUCUCAUCGGUGACAUCUUCAAUAGUGAGUGCCGUCACUCCCUCCACGCCAUGCUACAGGCCAAACAGCUGGAGAGCAAAACUUCCGCUAAGGGUCUGUUUGAGAAGAAGGUUACUAGCGUCCAGGCGGAUGACCCUAUCCACUUCCUCCAGCUCCUAGCCAAGGCUGACACCGGUAACACGGAGGAUCAGCUGACCAUGAGCUUGACCCUAGCGACCAUGGGAACACCGGCUAGGAAGGAGCUUGCUGACCUAUCGGCAUCCAAACUCAGCAAGGUGACCCAAUUGACAGGUUUCUCUGACCCAGUCUAUGCCGAGGCUUACAUCAAUAUCAACCAGUAUGACAUUGUUCUGGACGUCCUGAUAGUCAACCAGACAAAAGAUGUACUUCAGAACUGCUCCCUUGAAUUGGCAACACUUGGUGAUUUGAAGCUAGUUGAGAAGCCUCAGCCGAUGACGUUGGCUCCCCAUGACUUCUGUAACAUCAAGGCUAACAUCAAGGUUGCCUCCACAGAGAACGGCAUCAUCUUUGGAAACAUUGUGUAUGAUGUUUCUGGCUCUCAGAGCGACCGCAGCGUCGUGGUCCUGAAUGACAUUCACAUUGAUAUCAUGGAUUACAUCGUUCCCGCUUCCUGUACCGAUGCUGAGUUUAGAACCAUGUGGGCCGAGUUUGAAUGGGAGAACAAGGUGACAGUGAACACCAACAUCAAUGACCUUCGUGAGUAUUUGAAGCAUCUGAUUUCAUCGACCAACAUGAGAUGUCUGACACCCGAGAAGGGUCUCUCUGGUGAGUGUGGAUUCAUGGCUGCCAAUCUCUACGCCCGUUCCAUCUUCGGUGAGGACGCACUCGCUAACGUGAGCAUUGAGAAGCCGUCUUCCACCGAACCCAACGCUUCGGUCACAGGGCACGUCAGGAUCCGAGCCAAGAGUCAGGGAAUGGCUCUGAGCAUGGGUGACAAGAUCAACCUCUCACAGAAGAAGGACAAGAACGUGAAGUAGAGUAGGUGGGACUACAACGAGAAUCAAUGAUAUACUUAGAAAUUCUACUACUGUGCUUCAACUCCGUAGUCCAUAUUUUACUAUAAUCUAAACCCAACAUGGUACAGCGAAACCUGUCUAUAAAAAACACCAAGAGAGACAAGAAAAGCGAUCUGUAUAGGCAGGUGGUCUUCGUGUACAGAUUCCUUUAGUACAGGUUUCAAUGAGAAACCAUUUUCAAGGGAUACAAAAAAUGUGGUCUGUGUAGACAGGUGAUCACUAGAGCAGGGUUGACUGUACUGUGCUUCUACUCAGUAAUCCAUAUUUUAUUCAAAUCUAAACCUAACGUACUAGCUAAGUUGAGGUGGAAUUUAGCAAAGGAAAGUAGACGAGGACUGCACUUUUUCAUUGGUUUACAUGACUGUGAUGUCACAAUGUGUUUAUCUGAAUUAUUGGAAUAUGAGACUUUAUGUUUAAACUAAUGUAUGUUAUAAAACACAGUAUUAAUUAUGCUAUUCAGUUAAAAAAUGUUUUAUAAUAAUGUUAAUAAUAGUAAUAUACAAAAGUAAUAUUAGGGCGAGUCAAAGGUAUUGGGUAUGUUGUGUCAUGCAUUAUCAUGAAAAAGGAAAAGUACAUGGAGAAGAAAAAAAGCAAGUGUCAUUUCCUUGUUAUUUUUUCCGAAGUUCAUAAGAUCUACUAAAAAUAAUAAUGUUUGUAAUGUAUGCGACAAAUAAAGUGGGUCUGCACAAUAUGACGUUGAACUCAAAGAGGGCAAAUUGCUUGAUUUAGAGGUCAUCCUUAUCCUUAAGAUAACCUUGACCUCAUUGUAUUUCCUUAUAGCUGUCAGCUUUACUUCUAUUGGUCUUGACCUUUCAGAACCCACGCAAUGUUAUUAUCAGAGCAAGAGAUUAAUUUGUAGUUCAAAGGUCAAAAUGGUUGAUUUAGAGGUCAUCCUUAUCCUUAAGAUAAACUUGACCUCAUUGUAUUUCCUUAUAGCUGUCAGCUUGACCUUUUGGAUCCCACACAAUGUUAUUAUCAUAGCAAGAGAUUAAUUUGUAGUUCAAAGGGCAAACUGCUUUAUUUAGAGGUCAUCCCUAUCUCAAACAUAAACUUGACCUCAUUGUACAUUUCCUUAUAGCUUUACUUCUAUUGAUCUUGACCUUAAGAACUGAUCUUUAGAACCCACACAAUGUUAUUAUCAGAGCCAGAGGAAGUUUGAUCACUGAUAAAUCAGAGCGAAAAGGAAGUAAAUAACAUUUGUGAUCAGACGUUGAAGGGUAGACCAUCACCUAGGACUUCCUUUCGGCCAUUGACUCAUUUCAACCAAGUCGUGUGAGAAGGCACUUUAAGUUUGUAAACAUGUGUCACAAAUACAACCCAAAUGUAAACUGCAUGGUGUAUGUAGAGUACAGUAGUUAUAAAUACAUUAUCAUCAAGUCUUUUUAUUCUUUUCUCAGAUAUUUCAUACUUGUAUAAUUAUGGUUUUGGUAAUUAUGGUAUAUGUGACAGCUCUAUAAUCAUCACAUUUGUGCAUCGUCAGUUCAAGAGUUUUGAUAUUUAUUCACAUGUCCUUGUACAAGUUUGUCACACAGCCGCCAAACGUUCCCAUUUUGGAGGAAUGGUUUUAACUUUUUGCCUUUAAAGUAUUGUUUUGAACCCCAGAUCCUUCUCUUUUUAUGAAAACUUCUGCAAUAAUAAUAAUAAUAA